AUGAACCCAUCUGAAGACGAAAUUAAAAAAAGCCUUAAUGAAGAACAUAUUGAAUUUUACGAAUAUUCUUGCUUCAAAGAUGUUAAGCUAAUCGGAGAAGGAGGAUAUGGAAAAGUGUACAGUGCCAUUCUCAAAAGUAACGAAAUUACAGUCGCAAUAAAAUCAUUUAAAAAUAAUGUAGCCAUUAAAGAAGUUGUUAAAGAGCUUAAAUUACAUAGUAGAGUAGAUAUGCAUUCUAAUAUCAUACGUUUACAUGGUGCUACUAAAAAUGAAGAUGAUAUUGAACAACAUCAGCUUGCAUCAUUAAUUCUAGAUAUUAAAGACGGUGUUCGAGAAAGUCCUAUCGAAGGAACACCAUCUGCAUAUGUCAAGAUUUAUACAGAUUGUUGGCAAUAUGAUCCUGAUAUUCGUCCAGAUAUUCAGCAAGUUUUUUUAAAUCUAAGAGGUUUAAGUAUCAAUGAUGAACAAGCCAUAAGUAGAAGUGCGCAUGAUAUUAAUCAUGUAUCAGCUCAAAUAGUUAAUCAAAAUAGUUUAAAUAGUAGAAAGUUUUUGAUAGUCAUUGUGG